CCUAGGAAAGAAGAAGAAGACACUGAAGCCGGAAAAAGCCGAGGCGCCAAAAACUAAACAAUUCUCCAAGUUAGAAUAGAUGUAAACAAACGAUUACUUCUUUGUAAUCGAGUUUAUUAGUAAACGUUCAGACUCGUGUGUGUGACCAUGGAGCCGACGGAGCGGUUCUUCUCCAGACUCCGGAAGCUGGCGGUGACUCUGGAGUCAGAAACCACCAAACUCCAGAAGUCUUUCGAUAACCGCGACAACAACGAGGUUGACAGCGAAACCACCGCGAAGGCGAUGCGAGCAUACCACGAACUGAACUGCGACGUCGGGAACCUGAAGGGGCAGGUCCAGGAUCAGCUGACUCAACAACAAGCGCAGGAGAAUGAGGUGAGCAGCUUCAUCAAGGCCUGCAGAGUGAUGGAGCAGAGGGUCAGUCAGGACAUCCAGACUCUGAAGGAACACUUUGAAAACUACGGCUACGAGGCUCCCAGAGAUGCCCAGAGACUAACCAAACACAACCACCAGGACUCAGAUACUGAAGAAGUGGCAGAUGAAGGUGAAAGUAAUUCAGCAGGAGAAGAAGAUGCAAGCCAGGAGGAGGCUGGAGAUGAUCAGGCCUCAUCAUCUCUGACAAUGGGGCCGCCGCCCUUCACUGACGUAAUGCGAACCCCGCAGCUCUCUGACUUUGGUCUGUCGGAGAUUCUGCUGAAGAGAGGUCUGGCUGGGGCAGAGUGGUGCUCUGAAGUGCCCCCCAUGCCUGAGAUAAGACUUCCUCACCCCACACUGAGCACGCCCACACCACCACCCAUGCCCUUAACACCAAAGCGUGCCCUGCGGAUGGAUGACACCGAGCUUCAGAGUCCUCAGAUGCACAACUUUGGCAUCUCCGAGCACACAAUGUGUCUGUACAACGACUUCACUAUGAAUCUGAUCCAGAAGAACGUCGACAAGCCUCAAAGAUCCUCACAAGACAAACCUGUACCUACCUUGGAAUCUCUAAAGGAGAGUUUACAGACUAAAGCAGAAAACUUGGAGUCCCCAGAACUGCCUGUGUUUUCCACCCAGGGAUUCAAAAUCAAAAAGACAAACAAACCAACAGCAAACUGCUCCCCAGCAGCGCCAGGCAGUGGUGACCAAGAAUCCCCCACUCGUCCCGGACCCCUGUGUACCACCCCUGAGGUCCCCGCUUUUCAAACACCAUACUUGAGCCGACUUGUGAGCACAAAAAAGAGCGCAAAGCAGCCAGAGCCUAUCAUCAUGCAAACUGAUGAUGACGGACACAGCUCCAACUCGCCAACUCAUAACACAGCAACCGGCUCCAAACGCAUGUGGGAGUACAAUGUACCAGAGAUAUUCAUCAUGGGUGAGGAGGACAGGCAAAUGCCAGAGAUGCCAAACCUGGAGUCUUGUUUGGGGAAAUCUCUACAAAAUAGAAGUGCGAAAAUCCCAAAGAGGACUGGUGUGCAUGAACAGGUGACGGAGGAGCUUGGUGCUCACAGCCUGGAGCUGGACGAACCCACCCAGGAGUUCAGCUUGGGGACACCUCGCAUCAGGAGGGACUACAAAGAGCCCAGCACCCCCGAGAUGCCCGACCUCAGCUCUGUGACACAGGACAUCUGUAAACUUGUGUCCCAGGGUCAGUUGAAAAAGACAGGAGUGGCAGUUGUGCAACCAAAUGUCAGAACAGAAAAACAUAAAAACAGUGCUCCGAGUCUGUCUGCGGUUUCAGAGAGCGAGUUCCAGAGUUUACCACGCUACAUGAGGCAGAUGACGCUGUCCAACCUCAACCAGGUCGUCCACAACAUCAACAAGUUCAUAGCAGAGUUUCCAGGAGAAAAGACAGAACUGAAUUUGGAGGAGCUGAAGAGGAUCACCAACGUAGGGACCAAGACGCCCGUGUUCGUCCUGUGUCUCACCGAGCUCAAGAGGCUGCAGCAAGUGGGGGGAGCCAAGAACAACGCCGUUUACAAACUGAGCGCACAUACCUAACUGUUGUUUGCAACUGAAAUCUAGUUUUAUCUCAACUCACAAAACGCUGCUUAUACAAGUUGUAGCUGCCGGUUUCUGUUUUUCUCAAUUUGCACUAAUGUGAGUUUAUGGAUCUGAAUAUAAAUUGACUUGUAUAUAAUAAAUCAUAACGUUUUCGAAUGUUGUUUGAAAAUGUGUUAUCCAGAGGCUCGUGUAGUAUAUUAAAAAGUUUUAGUUCAAGGUUAACAAAUUCUGAGCAAAGGGCGAUGGAAGUAUUUUCUCAGUAUAACUCCAGCUGGACCUUUAGUCUACAGCAUUAAUGAAUUAGGCCAAAAUAGGAUAACCUGUUAUUCUACAAUAUACAAAGUGCCAGAAGAGAUGUAGUCUUGUAAAUGUAAACACUGUCAAAACCUUGGGUCAAAAUAUUAUUUUAACUAACUGCUAAAACAAACUGAUGUCACCCCAAACGUUCCAAUUAGAUUGUUGAAAAUUAAAAAAAGAACCAUUAAGGACAUCACAUUUCAACUAGAAGUUUACCAUUUUUUCAUUUUUUCUUCUUUUAAGUACCUGCACUUUACUUGUUUGGCCAGAUGGUCUUAUCACAUUGUUAACAACAGCUGUUAAUGAUAAAGCCACCAUUUUGUAUUUCUUUCCUUAUGUCUCCCUCCUUUUGUCUUCUUCUUUUAAGUAAUUAUGGUUUUUAUUAUGCCGCAGUCCAUUAAACCUCAAAGGUCGGAAGUUACAACUUGUCGAACUUUCGAAUCGAAAGGUCAGGGGAACCUCGCCAGCCCGGACAUCGAAAUCCAAGAUGGCCCCUCCAUAUAUCAACAGCAGUGAAAGCUACCUAACCCUAACCCUGUUAAUUAGCACAUCUGCCAAUAAAUGUGUCGUACACAU